AUGACGGAGAAGCCACUUCCCUUCGUCUACCAAUUCGCCGCUGGCGCUGUCGCCGGUGUGUCUGAAAUCCUGAUAAUACAGCUACAAGGAAAGCCAGUUCCCGGACAAGACUACUACAAUGGCAUGCUCGACUGCUUCAAGAAGAUUGUGCGUAAUGAAGGUCCCUCAAGGCUGUAUCGGGGUAUUGCCGCUCCAAUCAUGAUGGAGGCGCCCAAACGUGCUACCAAAUUCGCCGCCAACGACUCCUGGGGCGUCUUCUACCGCCGUCUCUUUGGCGUCGAAAAGCCAACGCAAAGCCUCUCCAUUCUGACGGGUGCCACCGCGGGUGCCACGGAGGCCUUCGUUGUUGUCCCAUUCGAGCUCGUCAAGAUCCGACUCCAGGACCGCGCGUCGGCAGGCAAAUACAACGGUAUCGUCGACUGUGUGGUCAAGACGGUCAAGGCAGAGGGCCCACUCGCCAUGUACAACGGUCUGGAGAGCACGCUGUGGCGUCACAUCCUCUGGAACGCGGGUUACUUUGGCUGCAUCUUCCAGGUCAAGGCGCUGAUGCCAAAGGUCGACCCGAAAACGGAGAAGGGCAAGGCCAUGUUCACCGACUUCACGUCCGGCGCCAUCGGAGGAACCAUCGGAACCAUACUCAACACACCCAUGGACGUGGUCAAGAGCAGGAUCCAAAACAGCCCCAAGAUUGCAGGAAGCGUGCCCAAGUACAACUGGGCGUGGCCCGGGUUGGGAACCAUCAUGAAGGAGGAAGGCUUCGGCGCCUUGUACAAGGGAUUCCUGCCCAAGGUGCUGCGACUGGGACCCGGUGGCGGCGUGUUGCUCGUCGUCUACACCGGUGUCAUGGAUUGGUUCCGCAAGAUGGGCGCACAACCGGUCGCUUAG